AUGGAGCAGCUAUCAUCAAAGGUCAACGAACUUGAACAUAGGCUAGCAGAAACCAGCAUGGAGGGAAUCGCCAACACAAACAGUCACUGUCCGGACUGGGCAGAGGCAUCUAGCGAACAACAAAUCACUGCCCCUACAGCCGCAGUUAUUCCCAAGGAUCAACGCCCGGAGGAUGAAACUAUAAAGUCUCCUCCUGUGGCCGGGGACAAAGUCACAAACAUUAUAUUGGUACCUGCAGAAUGCGCUCCUUUGUCGAAGACAGGUGGGCUUGGCGAUGUUGUUAGGGCUUUACCGAAGGCUUUGGCUCGGCGUGGACAUAGAGUUAUGGUUGUGGCACUACGGUAUGGUAACUAUGCAGAGGCCCAAGAAACAGGAGUGCGCAAGAGAUAUAAGGUGGAAGGGCAGGAUAUGGAGGUAACUUUCUUUCAAGCUUAUAUUGAUGGCAUGGAUUUUGUGCUGCUCUUGAGGUUCCCUUCUGUAAGUAAUACCCGGUGCGUUCCUGUGAUCCACAACAUAGCACACCAGGGUCAUGGUCUAGUAUGCGAUUUUCGUUAUGUGGAUCUUCCACAAAACUACUUCAAACUAUAUGACCCAGGAGGUGGGGAACACUUCAAUGUCCUUGCAACUGGCCGGAGAGCAGCAGAUUGUGUAGUCACUGUAAGCCAUGGUUACGCCUGGGAGAUGAAAACUAAAGAAGGUGGCUGGGGUCUGCAUCAAAAAAUAAAUGAGUUUGAUGGGAAGCUGAAGGGCAUCGUGAAUGGGAUUGAUGCAAACGAAGGAAACCCACAAUUAGAUGUUUACCUGGCAUCGGAUGGCUACACCAAUUACCCCGCGGAGACUCUUCAGACUGGCAAGCCUCAAUGCAAAGCAGCUCUACAAAGGGAGCUUGGUCUUCCUCUUCGGGAGAAUGUUCCUCUGAUUGGGUUCAUUGGCAGGCUUGACCAUCAAAAAGGUGUUGAUCUCGUUGCUGAGUCCAUUCCUUGGAUGGUGGACCAGGAUGUGCAACUAGUCAUGUUGGGCAAUGGGAGACCUGACCGGGAACAGCUUCUCAAACAUUUUGAGAAUCAACACCAUGACAAAGUCAGGGGUUGGGUUGGUUUCUUUGUGAAAAUGGCCCAUCGAAUAACUGUUGGUGCAAACAUCCUACUCAUGCCUUCUAGAUCUGAGCCAUGUGGACUGAACCAGCUUUAUGCACUGAGCUACGGGGCAGUCCCUGUUGUUCAUGCUGUUGGUGGACCGAGAGAUAGGGUGCAGCCGUUUGAUUCAUUGGCAGAGUUCCAAGCCACACAGGAUUUAGUCAAGCGAGGCAUGGUAAUAUCUACUUAUCUACACAUAGAGAUGGCAGCUACUGUCUACCGAGUUCCGUGGAUCAAACCCUGUGCCCGUUUGGGAGAGCUUUCACGAGCGGAUUUUGACUUUAUGAGAUGGGCCCAAUUCGUAAAACCUGGUAAUGUUUACUAG